UCUCGUCAAUUAGUAUUUACAUCACCAUGUAUUGAGAAAAGUCCUUGUCAUUUCACUUUGAGUGUUAAAGCAUAAUGUAAUACAAACUGUCGUUUCAAAUGAACAACCGAAUAAACAGCUAAUAAAAACGUUUACAGUUUAAAAACAGCUGUCAUCUCCGUGUCAACUUAGUGACUAAGUUAGUCCUACGCGUUAUUCAUACUACUGCAUAACUAUGGACAAAUCAGAAGUUUUCUUGUGAUAAUUGCAGAUGACAGCCUGAGGUCAUUUACUGGUUCAAAAAGAAUGAAAAUCUUAUGAGGACAAUGUGUGAUGCGGACAGUUGCUCGAUGACCCCACCCCACUCUCCCCUUCCCCUUCUGUAUGAGGACUUCAUGGAACCAUCUCCCCCAAAACUUCUCAGAGGGACACUCGACUGUCAGAAUGGCAACCAUGAUGAUGAAAUUCCUGAGGCUCGGACUGUACCUUGUUUCACAUGUGGCGGAGAAGUGCAUGGGAUUUGUAAGACAUUUUGUCUCCAUGAUAACAGCAUUAUUAAAAAGGGAGCCCUUAAGUGCAUGAUACACCCUAGUCAGGAGCUGUCGCUGAUAUCAAGAGCCGUUGUGAUAGAGCUGUUUGGCUUUCAGUUUGUCAACCAGCUUGCUCUGACAGAACACACCGAGAAACUGUUUCUACUAGCCAAGUCAUGUGUCAGCAGGAUACAGUGUUCUGUUGGGGGAGCAUCAGAGGAAGGUCCCAGAGAGCUCCGGAAACAGCUGCAGGAGUUUCUGGACUACAUCAAACAGUACCUGCUACAUUUCCUGCCAGCAGACGUGAUGAGGAGGGAGGUGUUUAUGACGAGUCUCGUGUCAGAGCUCCAUGGCCUCUUGCUUUACACAGGCCGUCUGUCUGAUGUCCUCCAGUUUGUGCCGCAUUCUGCGCCCCUCUUCUUUGGGAACAAGACUGACAGCAGCCAUCACAAGUUUCACCUUCAGCUGGACCUGUACUGGAGUCUGCUCGACAUCUUCAACAUCAUCUACACCCAGUGUGCAGGUGUGAGUGUGAGACGGCCCCUGUGUGCCGUGAUGGAGGACGCCAUGACAGAUGUCGGGUAUCUGGACCAGCUGAUGCAGCUGGUGUUCUGGGAUCUGCUGUCUGCAGCUGUGGUCAAGUUUAAUAAGAUGACGGUGAGCAGCGACUACCUGCGUGUGUCCCCCUUCACAUGUACCUGCGUGCUGGAGAUGUGGGUGGGGCUGAUUCAUCUCGCCUCCCACCGACACAAGGCCCUGGGAGAGGAGUCCUUCUGGGUACGCUUCUAUGGUAUCAUACAGGAAGUUUGUGAUGUGAAGGAGCAGGCAGAAGCUGGAACACAAGUUUACGACAGUGAUGUGUUCGUCAACCCCCCGGGCCCCCGGCCCAAGAACCCGGUUGGGUUCAGUCUCUGGGUCAUCACACAUGUCGCACAUCUCUUCACCAUCGAUGAAGCUGGUCAGCAGCGGACUCUGGAGCCAACACAGAGCAACUAUUUCAUCAUGAAGAAUAUCUUGCAGAAGAACCUGUCUUCAUCUAGCGUGACGGAGCCAGAGAUGCGGAGCUACCUACUGUGCUGCCUGACUGUGGCCAGACUGUGGGGACCAGAGACUUCACUCAUAGCACUCCUGUGGGACCACUUUUACCGUAAACUGAAUAACUCGUUCCAAGUGUCAUCAACAAGCCUGGAUGGACUGGCCCAGAUCAGCAAAACUUCCAAAACAUUGCUGACUCAGUGUGAGAAAUGGUGCAGGGAGAGGAGAGCCUGGAGAAAGAGAGCAGCUUCCAUCUGUUCCUGUCUUUGACGGCCACUCAGAUCUCCCGCCUCAUGAAGUCAGGAGCAGUGCAGGAAUGGCGACAGAUGAAGGGGAGAUUCUGCUCCAAGUUCCACCAGCGGCGGCGGAUGCAGGAGCUGUCGGAGAUGGGUCUGUACAACUUCACCUGCCUCUUCCUCACCCUGGCCAGUGUCACAGAACUGGAG